CCACGACCGUGCGGUCAUUUCCCCUUUGCUGCCCUCUCCUAUAUCGUCGGCGUUGCGUCGCCAUCGCCGUGCCCGUGACGCUAAGCUCUCUGCUCCUCCAUUGUCCGUCGGUCGGCCAGAGCUUCUCGACCGCUCCCGAGCUCUCCCUCUACUAUAAAUAGCUUGGCCGCCCUCCUCCGCAGCUCGCCGAUCUCUUAUCGGCCCUCCUAGUCCACCGGAGCCCCUCCACCUCGCCUCUGUCCACCACCGUCCAUCAUGGCCGCCUCGGCCUCGGCCUAAAUUUCGGCCAGCCGAGUUCCUCCUCCACCCCCUGACCCCACCAUCUUCUUCCCCACACGCCGGCGCACCUCCCCAUCCUCUCCACUACUCGCCGGAGUAGCCAUGGUUGUCGCCCCCAUGCUCGGCUGCCGCCACCGCUGCUCUUUGUCCCCGCGUGGCGUUGCCACUCCGCCCCUCCCCGGCGCCCGCAACCCAGCCCGUUGGACGCGCCUCCUUCCCUCGAGCUCGCCGGUGCCGCCCACUCGGCCGGAGACCGCCGUCGCCGGCCGGGCCGUCGUCAGCCAGAGCCUCCCCUGCUCCCUACUCUGUUUCCAUCGGGGGCAGGGUGAGGAGGAAGAAGACAUGGGCCAGGCGAGCCCCCUCCUCCCCGCGGGACCCCACCCGUCAGCCCCUCCGCGUUGACCCAACACGGGCCACGUCAGUAAGUGGAAGCGUAUUAGAGAGAAUACGUUUUCCUCCUGUGAAAACGUCUUUUAAUUCGUCUUCAGUUGAAAAUACGCUUCUCUGUUCUGAAAACGCAUUCUCAGAAAAGACGUUUUCUGUUUUUCAGCCGGGGACUUGUUUGUGGAGCUAUUUUUACACAUUGUUCCCUAAUCUUCCACCGCUCGUAUCUUCGCGACUCUAACUCCGAAUCAGGACCAGGGGUCCUUUCCAUUUUUCCCCGCGUGCCUCUUCGCAUCGUCUUCUUCCUCGCGCCGACCAAACCUUCAAGCUCUGCCGCCGCCGUCAAUCUUCGCAUCUGCCUCAACAAUGGCUGCUACAUCAACCUGUUCGUACCAGAAAGCCGCGGCGUCUCUUCGCUGUUCCUCUGUCAUUGGUAAGCCUUCUCUCCCUCCACCCUAGAUCUUACCAUUAGGUUUUGUACUUAUCAGAGUUCUUCGAAGUUCUUGGAGCUGUUCUCCCUUGUUCCUCUUCAGUAGUACCAAUGGCGAGUUAAAUCCGAUAUUUUUCAGUGCCCUUGUAGUUUAAACUCCUUUUUCCACAUUAGGGCAUCUGCUUUAUAUAAAACUCAUCUGAACUUGCUAAACUGUUCGAGCACUUGAAAUUAGGUCAGAAUAUAUUUUGAUUUUCCAACGCACGACAUAUCUGAAAUUACUAUGCCAGGCUGUGAAACUUGUUUUUCCUUCACUUACACAUCUUAGAUCUGUAUCUUCAAUACCAGAUUAGGUGGUUUAAUCUCAUAGAAAAAUGAUGAUUCGGUAGGUACCAUUAGUCCCCUGUUGAACCGCCAAUGCAUUUAUCUUUGCACUUUCUCCAUUGUCAGACUCCGGUUUACCAAUAACAAACUCCGGUUUAAUAACAUGCAUAUAUCCUUGCACCGCUUUAUAGUUGUCCAUUGUGAAUCUUAAACCGGCAAUAAUCAUGUUUCAGCUUCCCAUUGAAAUGGUCAAGCAAGUCUAUGAAUGCAACUGGGUUCCUUCUCGGGUCACUAAAGAUCAGUUAAACAGAUGUGUCGCAACUGUCUCUUUAGCCAAGAAAGAGGUCAUUCACUGGAGGGCCCCUAGUACGGAAAAUCCUCCUGAACCCAAGGAUGGAGAAGUAAUCAUUUUUGUUGACCAUCUGGGUCGAGGCUUUAGCCCUUCCGGUUCAAAAUUCUUCCGAGAUGUGCUUGCCAGUUUUCAGCUUCACCCUCAGGACAUCGGUCCAAACUCUGUGUCCAACAUCUGCCAUUUCCAAGUCUUUUGUGAGGCUUAUCUUCAAGAGGAGCCCACAGUUGAAUUGUUUAGGGAUUUCUUCCACUUAAACCAUCGCACAGAAUUUACAGAUGGACCCAAUACUGAACUCGGUGGAAUGGCGGUUCAAAAAAGGAAGGAAGUCAGCUUCCCUCACGCCAAGCUUCAAAGUCACCCAAAGGAGUGGAACCAGACUUGGUUUUAUUGCAAAGACACAUCUCCAACUGAUGAAAACCCUUUACCGGGUUGCCACCCUCACUGUCUUAGCAAUACACAUCCCUUUCCUCAGAGGCUAACUGCCAAGGAAAGGGCCACCUAUGCCCCACAACUGUCAAAGCUUAGAGCCUUCAUGGCGAACGGUUUAGCAGGUGUUGAUUUUUCUCGUUGUUGGUUAAGCUGGAGUAUUCUGCCCUUAAGCCGACACCCCGGUUUAAUGUGUGAAUACACCGGGAGCUUGAAGGACCCUCAACGACACAUGGAUAUUCAGCUUACAGAUGAUGAAGUUACCGAGGCUGUGAAGAAGAUGCUGAAUGAACCAGAGGCUAUUUGUAGCCAGACCGGAUUAAGUCCUUUCUGUACCUCCAACAAACCGCCAGCUGGUGAUGAUCCGUUCUGGAAGAAAAAACCACAGGAUAAACCGGCAAAACCACAAGACAAAGCGGCAAAGCCACUUCGCCCGAAGACCAAGGUUGUUAAAAAACCUGCCAAGAAAAGGACCACUGUGUCUUUCGAGCCAAAUGCGGAUGCCGAUGUGGCUAAUCCAGACUUAGAGGACGACGCUGAAAGCAGUCAAGCCGAUGACGUAGAGGUAAUUAUCCUUUCCCCCGGUUCAGAUCCUGUGCCAACCUUAAAAAUCCGUCGAGCAAACCGGAAAGUAAAAUUUUCUCACCCCCUUGCUUACUUGGACCCAAACUUUCUUUUGAAGACGCAACAACACGAAGCUCGCCGCACAACCCGGCAUAACGGCCAGGUAGUUACCUCCGCCGGUUUACCGAAUACUCUGGUUCGGAAACGCCGAUCAGAGGUCUCUUAUACUCUUGACACUUCUUGCCCCAAGGCGGGUUGUUUCCGUCAGCCUCUUAACCCGUCUGAUUCAAAUUAUCAGGGUACUUCCCACUCAUCUUCUGGCGAGUCAUCAGCCACAAAGCUUCCACCCCUCAAAACAGUUCCUGGUGCCAAACCAAGACCCAGAAAGAAGGCUCGGCUAACUAAACCGGCUGACGAUAAUGUGGUUGUUGAACCGGAAAAGACUCUAGAUCCGGAAGAAACCAAUGCUGACGCCAUGCUUAAUGAUCCGCCGCCUCAAGGCCAUGACUUCUUUGCUGAACAAGUAUAAGUUGACACCACAAGCCAUGCUGACAAGCCGACCAGCCUUGUCCGAACUGAUGAUAAACCGGUCAGUCUAGCUAAGGAUACUAAUAAACUGCCCACUCCAGUGAAGGAUGCUGAUGAUAAAGAGGUUGAUGUUAUGAUUACUGGCUUUGGCCAUACCGCUCCUGGAAAUCCUGUCGCUUUAUCCAAACACAGUGCCAAGGUUCUACCAUGGGCAAAGGCAAAUGGAGCACAUAUCUGUCAAGUUAUGCUCACCUCAACGCCGAAGACAUUCAUUCUGGUUUUUUAAACCGUCUGUACGCAAGCCGCGACUUUGAAGCCGGCUUAGUAAAUCUAAUGAAGGAGCAAUAUGAGGCUGAACUGAGCAAAAAGGAAGCUCAAACCGCUGAUCUGCAAGAAAACAUCAAGUCCCAGCAAGCCGAAACCUCCAAAGCCAAGGAUGAGUUGUCCGGCGCUUUAGCCGCUAUGGAAAAACUGAAGGAGAGUUUCAACAAAGAGCGGGCGGAUUGGGACACAGAAAAAUCCGCUUUACAAAAAAGAGCCGAGGAUGCCGAAGCCGCUCUUAAACCGGUGGUAGAUGAGCUGACUGGCGUAAAGCGGCAGAUACAUGCCAUGACUGCUGCUGUGUUCGGAACUCGCAUUGGUCAUCUGGGCUCUGACGUACAGAAGAAGUUGAAGGCUCCCUACACUUUGAUAGAGCAGUUGUAUACCAGCGUGCAACGAAUCAUCUGCACCGCAUCUCACAAUAAACCGCCCCAACGUUAAUCAAGGAUACCUUAGAAAGGCUGUCUAUGCUGCCUGCCCGGGUAGAAGAACUAAAGAGAUCAGCUGCAAGGGCUGGUGCUCUGACCGCACUAAUCCGGGCAAAGGCAUGGGUGCCUGACCUUGAUCCGGAGGAUGUCAGCAAAGGCUAUCCGAGCUUAAAAGAAGACGGAUCAGAAUUCAGAAAUGAGGACCUCCAAGCCAUGAACCGGGAAGUACGUCCACUGGCUUGCCAAUUAGCUGAAGAAGCUGAUCUUUCACAUUAUCAGGUGAGUUAUGACAUCCACAACAAACGGGUUGCUGCAACAACUCCAGAGGUUCAAAAUCUCAUCCCGCCAAUUCGUAAGCAUACCUAUGCCCCUGACAUUGAACCGUCCACCCUUAUAAGCAACGAAGCUGUGUUCCAAGCCCUAACUGGGAUCGACUAGACAACUAUUGACUUCCAUCCGCUGGGUAGAGACGAAGAGGAUGAACCGGCGCAAGAUGAUCCGCAGCCGUCAGGUCAAGCUGGUGAUGAAGCAUGAUCCAGAAGCCGGUUUAGCCUUCCACAUGCCAUAACAGUUAUCAAAAGACAAUUAUUCUUUUGGGCACUUAAACGCCUUGUAAUAGGCUAGUUAAAACACUUGGUCUGCUAUGCCAUCAUGCAUAUUUAUCUGUGCCUGACAUUUUUGCUAAUCCACCAUACUUAAGACAUAUGAUGUUCAUAAUCCAU